CUAAAAAAUAAGAAGCAUUGUGAAAACUUAAAUAUAAUUGUAAACAAAUUGUUUUUCAAUUCGUACAAAUAAUUCGAUUCUGCGUUGUUAAGAAUGAAAAUAACACAAAAAAUUGAGUUCGAUGAAGAUGUAUCAUCGAUUUGUGAGUCCACGGCCGCACUUACCGAAGGAUGCCGAUUACCCGUGCGUAUGCACAAGACUGAAGAUUGGCCACUCGCGGAAGUUGUGAGCAUUAAAGACCAUGAUGGCAAACGACAGUUCUACGUGCACUACGUCGAUUUUAAUAAACGUCUUGAUGAAUGGGUUACAGAGGAGGACGUUGAUACACGCAAAGUGCAAUUUCCAAGGCGUGACGGUACGCAGACCGGUGCCAGCACUGGCGUAACUACACCAAAAAAACAUCAUUCGUCGGUGCCAGGUAGCGUUUCAAGACCUACUUCGCCACAACCUGCAGUAAGCAAUGAAAUGGUUAAUGGUAAUGCUGUGCUGGCGGCUGCACUACAGAAAAAAAUUAACCGUAAAAGAAAGUUCAAUGCUGUGCCUGCCCCACCGGCAGUAGUAGUACCUGAGACCCCCCCGCCCGUUAUAGUACCCGCACCAGUAAUACCAGCUGUAGUAGUACCCACAACUCCGGCACCAGUAACUGUGGUUGAAGAAGCUUCACAAGAUGGUAAAACCGCAACACCACGCCAGUCUGGUAGCAUGGUCAUACAUCAGGAUGAUGUAGUGACGCGUAUGAAAAAUGUUGAAAUGAUAGAAUUGGGUAAACAUCGUAUUAAACCCUGGUAUUUCUCACCGUACCCGCAGGAAUUAUGUCAAAUGCCUUGUAUCUACAUCUGUGAGUUCUGCCUGAAAUAUCGUAAAAGUCGUAAAUGUUUGGAGCGGCAUUUAGUCAAAUGUAAUCUACGACAUCCACCCGGUAAUGAAAUAUAUCGCAAACACACAAUUUCCUUUUUCGAAAUUGAUGGUCGUAAAAACAAAGUGUAUGCGCAGAAUUUAUGUCUGCUGGCCAAACUGUUUCUAGAUCAUAAAACACUUUAUUAUGACACGGAUCCAUUCCUUUUCUAUGUUAUGACAGAAUUCGAUUCACGUGGUUUUCAUAUAGUUGGCUAUUUCUCAAAAGAAAAAGAGAGUACUGAAGACUACAACGUAGCUUGUAUACUGACUAUGCCUCCAUAUCAACGCAAAGGCUAUGGCAAGCUGUUAAUUGAAUUUAGCUACGAACUGUCGAAGUUUGAGGGAAAAACUGGUUCGCCGGAAAAACCUUUAUCAGAUUUAGGUCUACUGUCGUAUCGUUCAUAUUGGGCACAAACGAUUUUGGAGAUAUUUAUUAGCCAAAAGCCAAACAGUGAUGGCGAAAAACCCACCAUUACCAUCAACGAUAUCUGUGAAUGCACUUCCAUCAAAAAAGAGGAUGUUAUAUCUACAUUACAAAAUUUAAAUCUAAUCAACUAUUACAAGGGACAGUAUAUCGUUUGUAUAAGUCGCGACAUCAUUGAUCAACAUAAGAAAGCCAUGGAUAAACGCAAAAUACGCAUUGACUCGAAAUGCCUACAUUGGACGCCUAAAGAUUGGUCUAAGCGCUCCAAGUGGUAAAUCUUAAGCAUAUUAAAUUUCAAGUUGCAAUUUCUUUAGUUAGUACAAACAUUACGAUACAUAUAUACACAAAUAAUUUUAAACAAAAAUACUGAAUUCAACCAUAUGCGCUUUAGUUACCCUAAUACCAAAUUAUAUGAUGAUUUUCCCCGCCUUUAUUUAUUCUCUUUUCCGCUCCACCGAUAAAAAUGAUAGAAACUAUGAUUGAAAUGCGCACGUUCAAUAUGUCAUCCUUCCACCAAUCAAACAUACCAUGCUAAUCAGCACGCUACUAAUAAAGUGCAGCCAUCGAAUUACUAUUCGGUGGCUAAAUAAUGCAA